UUAUGUCCUCAAAACCAUAGAUCAGCCACAUUCUCUCAAACAACGGUGUGAAUAUAAUAUAGAGCAGGUUGAUCUCAACUUUGGAAAAAGUUAGCAGCACGAGACAGGAGUACCGUUUUCACUUUCCCUUUAUUGCUUUCCUUUUCUAAAAGAAUCAUUUAGCAGAAACAGCACGAAAACCAGAAACUUCUUCCCCUCUCCUUGCUCCGUACUCCCAAAUCAACUACUGUAACUCCUCCCUUUCUGAAUCCUGAUAAAUAUCAGUGAUAAUGUGUUAGACUAGAUAUCCCUCCCAAGUGCUAUUUUGUGGCAUCACUCACAGAGCCCAGAGAGAGAGAGAGAGAGAGAGAGAGAGAGAGAGAGAGAGAGCGAAACAAAGCAAACCCAUCGAGCCAAAACACUCGACUUUCAGUGAGCAAGCAGCAAGUAUGGGAAGUUCCAAAACCAGGUUACCAGGUCCACCUUCAUUUACCUGCAUUUUCUUUCUAUUUCUCACACAAUCAUGGGUUUUGCCACCCGCCCAAUUUGCCUCAGCAGUCCCGCCACCCCAACAACCCAUCAAAACUAUUGUUGUUUUGGUCAUGGAGAACAGGUCCUUUGACCACUUGCUUGGAUGGAUGAAAAAAGCCAUUAACCCAUUAAUCAAUGGAGUCACAGGAAAAGAAUGCAACCCGGUAUCCACCAAAAACCCAAACUCAGAGUCCGUUUGCUUCACAGAUGAUUCUGAGUUCGUGGAUCCGAAUCCGGGACACUCCUUUGAGGCAGUGGCGCAACAGGUAUUUGGCUCUGCUUCCAUUCCUUCCAUGACUGGUUUUGUGGAACAAGCACUGUCAGUUUUCCCAAACCACUCAGAAACUGUCAUGAAAGGCUUCCGACCUGAAGCCGUGCCAGUCUACGCUACUUUGGUUCGUGAAUUUGCGGUCUUUGAUAGAUGGUUUUCUUCACUCCCCGGCCCAACUCAACCCAAUAGGCUGUUUGUGUACUCGGCUACUUCUCAUGGUUCAACGUCCCACGUUAAGAAGCAAUUGGCUUUAGGGUAUCCACAAAAAACCAUAUUUGAUUCUCUUCAUGAGAAUGGAAUGAACUUUGGGAUCUACUUCCAAAACAUACCCACAACUCUCUUUUAUAGAAAUUUGAGGAAGUUAAAGUACAUAUUCAAGUUCCAUCCGUUUGAUUCAAAGUUCAAGAAAGAUGCUUUAAAAGGUAAACUUCCAAGCUUAACCGUAAUCGAGCCGAGGUAUUUCGAUCUAAAUGGAAUGCCUGCAAAUGAUGAUCACCCUUCUCAUGAUGUGGCUAAUGGGCAAAAACUAGUUAAGGAGGUUUACGAGACAUUGAGGGCAAGUCCGCAGUGGAAUCAGACCCUUUUGGUCAUUACCUAUGAUGAACAUGGUGGGUUCUAUGAUCAUGUCCAGACUCCUUAUGUUAAUGUUCCUAAUCCAGAUGGGAACACAGGACCUGCUCCUUAUUUCUUCAAAUUUGAUAGGCUUGGUGUUCGUGUACCCACAAUUAUGGUCUCUCCUUGGAUUAAGAAAGGGACUGUGAUAAGUGGCCCAAAAGGGCCUGCUCCAAACUCCGAGUUCGAGCACUCUUCAAUCCCUGCAACCAUAAAGAAGAUGUUCAACCUCUCCUCUAACUUCCUGACUCACAGGGAUGCAUGGGCUGGGACAUUUGAGCAGGUUGUUGGGGAAUUAACCUCUCCCAGAACCGAUUGCCCUGAGACCCUUCCAGAUGUGGCACCUUUGAGGACAACAGAAGCAAAGGAAGAUAGUGAGCUAUCCGAGUUUCAGAGUGAGGUAGUUCAACUAGCAGCUGUUCUCAAUGGGGAUCACUUCUUGAGCAGCUUCCCAAAUGAAAUGACCAGCAAAAUGAAUGUAAAAGCAGCGCAUGAUUAUGUGAAGGGUGCUGUUGCAAGGUUCACAAGAGCAAGCAAAGAAGCCAUCAAGUUAGGCGCAGAGCAGUCUGCCAUUGUUGAUAUGAGAUCAUCCCUCACUACCAGAUCCUCAACUCAUAAUUAAUCAAUCCUCCUAGGUCAUAUGUAGUAUCCAUGUCUGUCUUAUAAAAUAUCUCAAUAGGUGUCCCUUCUGUCUUUGUUUUCUUCAAGUAAAAUGCAAUGAAAACAGGGGGAAGCAAUAGUUUCUCGAGUGAUUCGGCUA